CAAAGUUAUCAUAUGAUCACUUUUCACAUGACCCAUGGUCAGUCGUCAUCGCCCUAACAUCGUCUUUUUAUGACAAAUUUGGGCUAAAAUAAUAACUUUUAGUCCGUUUAACGUCCAAUACAAUAAGCCUUAAAUAUGGCGUUUUGCCGUGUGGUGUUCCCGUUAUUAGUUCUAAGUGUAAUUAGCUGUUAUGCAUCGAUUGUCCCAGUGUACCUAUGGACGGACUCGAUCAAGUCUCCGGUAAGAUCAGACCCGUUUACGCCUUUUUCCACGGACGAAUUCUCGGAGACCCUCAAGCAGAUACUAGUUGAAGACCCCCUAACCCUCGUAUUCAUCGAAGAAAACUUGUCUGUCGAAGAUUUUUCACUGAAAAACGCCAAUGGUGAGACUUCUUUCCCGUACCUGCACGACAAUAUUGAGGAAGCUAUUUACUUACCGACUGUUAAAGAUGCCUUAGAGGUGCUGAACAGGACGUCGUCUCCUUACAAUUCUGAGAACAUCAUACUAGGUGAAGAGUCUGAGCUGGUGUUGACUCCUGGCAAGAAUAACGCUGGUCGUUUCGUCUUCAUUCACUUGAAAGACGCGCGCGAGGGUGAAUCGAGGGCUGACCUUCUACGCCGCCACGAUGCGUUCAUGCAGAAGGCUGUUGAGGAUAUGGCUGGAGAUGUGCCCAUAGUCGGUAUCUACACUGCUAACUACCCAUCAUGGACCAUCCCAUCUUCCAAAUCCAGGGUCCGUCGUGCAGUCGAAGCUGGUAAUACCCGCAUGUACACCGUGGAUGGACUCCGUUUGGUUGCGAAGAGCAUCCACUUAUCCAGCGGUAAUGAUUCGAGGACCUUGGGAGAUGUGACCGCCCAGAGCUCUGUCCUGAAUGAUACGUAUGUGAACGCUACGCUCACUUUCGACAAUACUACCCUCGUACUGAACUUCAACUCCAAGGCUGGUUACUGGUUCUUUGACACUGUAGUCCUGACCAUCGGCGAUCUGACUGACACUCUAUACCCUGAUGAGGAGUUGUUCGCUAUCCUUGGCUUCUGCUACCGCUGUGCCCAACAAGUCACCUUCUCCACCAGGAAUGAGACUAAAACUUACACUGUCAGCUUCGAAGAUCUGAAGGUACAACCCUUCUUCGAGACCAACACAACCCAGGAGUUCGGGGACGCUUUCAACUGCGUGGGCUUCUUUUCAGCCCCCAUCUGGGCAGGUCUGUUCGUGGUCUUCAUACUCCUCGCCAUAACCUUCUACGGCAUCAUGAUGAUGCUGGACAUUAGAACCAUGGACCGGUUCGAUGAUCCCAAGGGAAAAACUAUAACUAUUAAUGCUGAGUAAUUUUUUUUUGUUCAAUUUGACCUGCGGUGUUCUAGUAUCGGCUAAAAUCUGUAUUUAAAAACCAUGUUAUUUUUUGUCUUUUAGAAAUAACCGUUAUUUCUGCUUUUUUUUAUUUAUUUUGUUUUUGAUACUUAAUUGCAUAUUUUUUUGUCAAUUUAGUUGAUUUUUCUCACUAAAUAGUAAGUUUACUGCCAAAACUGGAACACCGUGUUUAAAUUAAAAUAACAGACGUUUGAAAACGUCGCAACUGGUGCCGUAGAAAAGUUAUAGUUCGUCUUCUGAGCUCAAAUCGAUUCCAAAACUAUUUAUUAUUAAUAAUAGUACUUAGGGUCUCCCCACAUUUGUCGACGCGGACUCGGUUAACUACAAACACGCCUUUAUGUCUACGUAAUAAGAGUGUUACUAAUACAGUUCGCAUUGACUCUGCUCGAUUAAAUGUGGGUAGACCUUUAGUCGAUUAAACUAAGAAAAUGUUUUCGAUGUAUUUAAUACGAUUAGAACAACGGUGCCUCUACGCAUAGACAAUAGACAAAAGACUUACACGAUCAAUUCUAAAAAUUAGUCGACUAUUUUCAAAUCGACUAAACAUUCGACACUAAAUUUAAACUCGACUAAUUUUUAUUCGAUGUUGAAAACGCUACUAUAUACUCUUACCUCGUAUUUGCUUAUAUAAACAAAAUUGCUUAUGUAUACUAUAUUAUAAAAAUAUGUAGAUAAAUAGUUUUAAGAUUGAGUACCGAUUAUGUGCCUACGAUACAAAGAAACUAAUAAAAAGUGGGUGAUGAAUAUAUUUAUAAAUAAUUAAAUAGAUAAAACUUACUAAAAGAAUGUAUAUUGAGUUUUAUUAUAUUCCAAAAAUAAACUCUAUGGCCACACGGCAAAAAGGCCUUAUUACAUACUUUCUAAAAAAAAACUCAAUAUGUAUUUUUUGUCUAUACAUAGCCUAAAUAGGACCAUGGCCUUAACUUUUAAAUGCAAUACAACUUAAAAAAAAAACAACGAUUAAAAAAUUCUGAUGUAUUACACGCAUAGUAUUUAGUAUUUAAAUAUAACCUUGCGAAAGUCGAGUUCAUUAAUUGGAUCAAAUCCAUGGAGAAUAAAAUGACUAGCGGAGAUGUCAUAACGGAAAAUCUCCUAAGAAAGUAGCGCGACAACAUGCGGGUGUGAGGGGGACGAGGAACGAUACUAACGUCAUACGCAUUCUUUGAAACCCGCCCAUUUUUUAUUGUAAAACCAAAAAUGUUCGACAGAUUUGUCAAGUAAAAGCCGAACGCCUCAUUAGUUCACUCGUAACUGAUCGUUUGGUCAUGACCACAGUAUUUGACCUAGAUGAAGGCCGGACCUACCAGCCUUAUGGCAUCUCCGUUUUGUCCUUCCUCCGUGUGUAAAAGCUAUUCCCAAUUUCCUGUCUAUGUUAUUUCGCUUACAAGAGCUUACUAUCUCUUGUAAGCAAAUGAACAGAUGGUUUGAACAUUGGGGCUGGAUAUAAUAGGUAUAUAGUAAAAAUGAGUGUUUGGUAUUGGAAGUAAAAAGGAUCCCUCCAUAUAGUGCCAAUUGUGUGACGGUCCAUUCCAAGUUGGUAAAUAUAUAGAAAGUUAUAAAUAAAUUAUAUAAACAAAGUAUUUAUAAGUGUUGCAAACCUCUUUUUAAGUCAAUUUUCAAGUAUUUCAAUUUUGUGAUUGUAUGUUUUUAGUAAUUUGAGCGCAAUUUUACUAAAUAUUUUAGUUUGCAGAUUUUUGAUCCAUGGUUUUCUUAGCUCUAAGAGUAAUUACACAUUUUUUCUUUAAUUUCAUUUGUAAAUAGUUUUGUUUUCGGAAUUAUUUUAUUGUUGUUUGAAGUAUUAAAUCGUGAGACCAUA